UUCUACUCUGACCUUUAACCCUACACAUGUUGAUCAUGAGAAGAAUUUACAAUGCUCCGUGAGAUACAAGGGAGGGAAGCACCAGACCGAAUCCAAGAAGCUCAACGUGAAGUAUGCCCCGGUGAAUGUGAAGGUUGAGUACAAGUCAGAAGUUAAGGAGGGGGAAUCUGUUCGGAUGGAAUGCUCCAGUGAUGCUAACCCCCCAGCCAGCUAUGAGUGGCAUAAUGAAACUGGUGAUCAGCUGUUUCAUGGGAAGGUCUACACGCUGCACAAUGCCUCCAGACAUACAGGAGCUCUCUACUGUACUGCCAUUAAUACAAUAGCACGAAACAAGUCAAGCCCUGUGCAGCUCAAUGUGUUACAUGCCCCUGAGAUUAAGAACAUGUCUUCCUGCUACGCAGAGGCAGACGUGGUAAAGUGCGUGUGCAUUGCAGAGUCAAGACCUGCGAGCACGGUUCACUUUGUGCUCUCUGACAAAGUCAUGCCAAAAGCAAAGGUAGAGAAACACGGCCUUGUUACCAUCGGUACUCUACAGGUAGAGUUUGGAUCCUCUGGGUUUGUCCGCUGUUUUGCAAACAACACGCAGGGCAGCGCAGACCUCACACUCUAUUUCCUGGUUAACAGUAAAAUGCAGAAUAUUUACAUUUCUAUAGCCAUUGGAGCAGGAGGGAUUCUGGUGAUACUUUUGAUAGCAGUGGGGGUGAAAAAAUGGGGGAGGUCUGUAGAUGCAGCAACAACUGCUUUGAGCACCAUGAAGGCGGCUAAAGAUGUGGAGCACCCUCAGUAUGCUACAACAACUACAAAGAGAAUAGAGAAGACCUAUGAUGAUGACGAUUGCCUAGGUGCUGUUUAUGCCAAUGAACCUGUUUAUGGUAACAUGGAGACCGACCUGGAUGACGCAAUAUACGCCAAUAUGUAACAGGAACAAGAACACCGAAUUCCCUGGAAGACCAGCUUCAGUUGCAAUGUGUGUUUUCUAUCUGAUGGGGGGUGAAGAAACUUGUCGAGAUUGUUGAUAUACUCCUUUUUGUAUAGGUUAUCUAAUCAUUAUCAUCAGUCUAAUUUAUAGAUGAGAAAAUAGUUGUUCAUGAUGUUCAGUUGUUAAUGCACUUGUGUUUUCAAUUUUUGCUCCUCUCGAACACAGCUUACAUGUCUUGUACGUUUUGUGACAACCAUCAUUAAAUUGUUAUAGUUUACUUUAAAA